CACCCUUUCCUCCUCAACUCCUUUCCUCAUCGCUCUUGCCUUUUGGAACCAAUUUCUCGAGUUCCUACUGUCCGGUCAGCGGUCGCGCCUAUGCUGCAUGCCUGCUUGAGCUGAUCAUGGCGUGCGACAGACUUACUGUCUUCCCGCUACAAGAAAGGUGACGAAACGUCCUCUCCUUACUCGGGGCAAUGGCUCAACAUCCGCCUCCGCUGAGCCGGAAAACAUCAGGACCAUGGGACAGGCUGCGGCCGGUGAAGCAGGACCCCUUGGAAAGCAUGGGAUUCGUCUCAAAAGGUGACAAUCGUCUCCUCGAUUCUAAAACACAAGAGAGCUUCUACAACAAGAUUGUUGCUCGCUACAUGCAGUUCUGUACACGACAUUCAAAAGACCUGGACACAGCUUUCGCCUCGCUAUCACUCGCAGAGGAUCCGGCUACUCCAUCACAGGCUACCGAGAACCAGAAUCCCCGGAUACGAGGGUCCCCUCUCCCUGAUGCAAGAGGUUCCCCGGCUAUUGCCAACCCAAUUAGUCAAUCGAUCAAUGCACCAGCACCUUCAACCGCCGAUGAAGUGUCCACGAUUCUGCUCGCACUUCGCAAGCUUCGAGAGGGGUUGCUAGCCAGUUCCACAUCUGCACCUUCGCCAGUCUUUUCGCAACGAGUCCAUGUUUUCAACAUAAGAACAGCAAUUCUCGCCCUACAUCCUCCAGGUUAUCAUCCUUCGCUUUUGCACCUACUUUUUGUCUUGCAUACACCAGCGCAUCCCUUACCAAGAUCCGAGCUGAUGGAGAUGACUACCUAUCUCAUCCUGGACACAGCAAUUCGCCAAAACGAUCUAUGUCAGGCAUAUUCUUUGAGGUACAACAGCCGUGUGAAGUUUGGGUAUACGAGCAGAGUCGUAGACAGCAUACUGAGAUCUAUCGUCACCGGGAACUGGAUCACAUUCUGGCACGUGCGGCAGAAGGUUGAUGGUUAUGUCCGCACUCUUCUCCACUGGCACGUUGAGGCACAGCGCAAGCUGGCACUCAAGGCGAUUGGAAGGUCUUACCUUGCUUGCGACAUCAAGUAUAUCUUGCAAAGCACCAGUGGGGGUGAACUCAGCUGGGAAGAUCUCGUCAAGGAAGAAGAUGUGGGCUGGAUGCGCGAUGGUGACAGGGCUAUUAUUCGCAAGCCGAAGUCCAAGGGUCCAGCCAGCUAAUUGAUGACGCAAACCAGAUGAUAUGUACUUCUGCUGUACGGAGUAUGCAUACCAUGUCUCAACUGCUGCAACAAGAAGCGAGAUCUAAGCGAAACGUGGCUGCGAUCAGUAGUUCGAUUGCGUGUUUUCGAUGUCGGCGCCGUGUUGAUUCGCAAGCCACAAAUGCCCAGCCUCUCAUGUGGCGCGACCAGCCACAGUCAUUUGACCAAUCAGAGGCAGCGCACGGCUGUUUCC